AUGGCUACUGAACAUGCAACCCGGGGAUUCUUGGCAACGGGACUUUCUUCAUGGGGAGAACAGUGGAAGAAAAUGAGAAGGCUUGUUACCCAUGAGUUGUUUAGCCCGACCAGACUUCGGUGGCUACUUAACAAGAGGAACGAAGAAACUGAUUAUCUUGUUUACUAUAUAUUCAAACGGUGCAAUAAUCCAGAUGGAUCAGUUAUUAAUUUGAGAUUACCACUCACACAUUAUGGACCAAAUGUAACCAAUAAGACGACUUUUAGCAGAAGAUUUUUUGGGGAAGGUGAAGAAAAUGGAGGUCCAGGUUUUGAAGAAAAGCAACACAUUCAAGCUCUUUAUACCGUGCUCAAACACACGUUUGCAUUUUGCAUAUCAGAUUACAUACCCUGGUUGAGAGGUCUAGAUAUUGAUGGCCAUGAAAAGAAUGUAAGAAGCUCCAUGAACAUUUUUGACAAAUACCAUGAUCCGAUCAUAGAAGACAGAAUCAAACAAUGGGAAGAUGGUAAGAGAAAGGAGGUAGAGGACCUUCUUGACAUUAUGAUAACGCUUAAGGAUGAAAGUGGGAAGCCACUUCUGUCCUUAGAUGAGAUCAAAGCUCAAAUCAGUUUCUUUUUCGGAGUAGAUGGUCCUGCGGCAGGAGCAGAAUGGGCACUGGCAGAAACAAUUAAUCAACCUGAGAUUCUCCAAAAGGCCAUCGAGGAAAUAGACAGGGUUGUAGGGAAAGACAGAUGGAUUCAAGAAUCAGAUGUUCACCAAUUAAAUUAUUUGAAGGCCUGUGCAAGAGAAGCUUUUAGGCUCCAUCCUCACGUUCCGUUUAAUUUGCCGCACCUCUCAUUAGAAGACAUCGAAGUGGGUAGCUAUUUCAUUCCGAAAGGCAGCCAUGUCUUGUUGAGCUGCACCGGACUGGGUCGCAACCCUGAGACCUAG